CCAGUUUAUAGAGAUUCGGUGAGUGGUGCGGAGGUGGAUGCACAUCUAGGCGACUGUGUGGGAGUGCGCAUUGGAUUCUCUUUGGGACAGUACAUCUCUUUUGAACAGUACACUCGCUUUUGCCACGAUGAAUCCCUGCCAUGUGUGCGAGGAGCCCACAAAGAACAAGUGCUCCAACUGCAACCAGGUGUACUACUGCAGUGUGCAGCACCAGAAGCAGGACUGGAAGGCGCACAAGCCCAGCUGCCAUCCCUUCAAGAUCGCCCACAAUGAGCAGCUGGGCCGGCAUCUGGUGGCCACCCGCACCAUCAAACCGCACGAGAUAAUCCUUAGGGAGGCGCCUCUGGUGCGAGGUCCAUCCCAGAUCUCCGCUCCCGUUUGCCUCGGCUGCCUCAACGGCAUCGAGGCGGAGGAUCAUAUCGAAUGCGAGCAGUGCGGAUGGCCUCUGUGCGGGCCGGAGUGCAAGUCCCUGGACGAGCACCAGGCAGAGUGUCGCCUCACCAAGGAUCGGGGUCAGAAGGCCAACGUCCACGAGUUCAAUGGACCCCAUCCGCUCUACAACUGUGUGAGCACUGUGAGAUGUCUGCUCAUUGGCGAAACCAGUCCGGAGAGGGCGAGCAAGUUCCAGGAACUGGAGUCACUGGAGUCCACGAGGAGGGGCUCCAGCCAGUGGAAGGCAGAUCUGGCCAGCAUCGGCCAGUUUAUUCCCAAGUUCUUCAAAACCCAGAAGUUCAGCGAGGAGGAGAUCAUGCGAGCAGUGGGUGCAUUGCAGAUUAAUGGACACGAGGUGCCAACUACUGAUCCUCCGCAUGUGGCCGUCUUUUAUACGGCCUCCUUCACGGAGCACUCCUGCCUGCCCAAUCUGGCCAAGAGCUUCAACAAGAAUGGCCACUGCAUCCUGUGGGCGCCGCGCGAGAUCAAGAAGAACAGUCACCUGAGCAUUUGUUACUCGGAUGCCGUGUGGGGAACCGCCGACCGCCAGCGACAUCUGAUGCAGACGAAGCUGUUCAAGUGCACCUGCGAGAGGUGUGUGGAUCCCAGCGAACUGGACACCGACUACAGUGCCAUCAAGUGCGAGGAUCGCCAGUGCGGCGGACUGAUGCUUCCCAGCAAGGCGGACGACUGGAACGGCAGUUGGCGCUGCCGCGAUUGUCACAAGCAGGUCCAGAAACACUAUGUGGAGCGCAUUUUGGAGCGGGCUGGCAAGGAUAUCCAGAGCAUGGAGAAGAACGUCGAAAAUGGUUUAAAAUAUCUCAAGCACUAUGAAAAGUGGCUGCCUCCUCAGCAUUUCCACAUGAGUGAGAUAAAAAUCCUACUAGUGCAACUCCUGGCUAAGGAUCAAAAGGAGCUGAUGGUUAUCGCCGAGGAUAAACUGUUGCUAAAACUUAAUUUUGCCCGGGAACUCGUUGAGUUGUAUGAGAAACUGGCGCCGUGCGAAGUUCGCACGCUCGGCACGCUUUGCUUCGAGCUGCACUCGGCCAUCGCCGAACAGACCCGUCGUGUGUCCCUGGAAACCAGCAUGUCACCCAAGGAUCGCUUGGAGGAAUCCCUGUACUACGUAGAAAAGUGCGUCAACUAUCUGCAAUACGAGUCGGACAUUUUCGUCGAGGGCCACAUUCUCAAGCAGGCCAAGAUCAAUCGCGACGCCCUGCGAAUGGUCACCAGGAUCUCCUAGGCAGUCAGUUCAGAAGAGUUUCUCUCCAAAAGCCUGUAUCAAAAUUACCAAUAAAUUGCCAUCACUGAA